UUUCUUCACUCUUCCUUAAGCCCUAACUAAAACCCAUCUUCCGCCGCCGCCGCAGCGAUGGCCGCCGCCGCAGUGCUACGGAACGCGGGAACCCGCCGCGUGCUCGCCUACCCGACCUUCCGCGCCGCCGUGAUCUCGGGCCCCGCGGCGCUUCCCGAUGCCUCGGCGGCCGCGGGGACCCAGACGGCUCCGCCGGCGUUUGCUGCAGGAGGUGGCCUCUGGGCCAGGUCCAUGGCCACCUUCACCCGCACGAAGCCUCACGUGAACGUCGGAACUAUUGGGCACGUCGACCACGGAAAGACCACCCUCACCGCAGCGAUCACCAAGGUGCUUGCGGAGGCAGGGAGUGCCAAGGCGGUUGCAUUUGACGAGAUUGAUAAGGCUCCGGAGGAGAAAGCAAGAGGAAUCACCAUCUCAACGGCUCAUGUCGAGUACGAGACCGCUAAAAGGCAUUAUGCUCACGUCGACUGCCCGGGGCACGCUGACUAUGUGAAGAACAUGAUCACUGGUGCUGCUCAAAUGGAUGGUGGUAUUCUUGUCGUAUCAGCUCCUGAUGGCCCAAUGCCACAAACAAAGGAGCAUAUUCUUCUUGCCCGACAGGUCGGUGUGCCAUCACUUGUAUGUUUCUUGAACAAAGUUGAUGCUGUUGAUGAUCCGGAGUUGCUAGAACUUGUGGAGAUGGAGCUUCGUGAGCUCCUCAGUUUCUACAAGUUCCCUGGUGAUGAUAUUCCUAUCAUCCGUGGAUCUGCCUUGUCAGCCUUGCAGGGAACCAAUGAUGAGAUUGGAAAGAAUGCCAUUUUGAAACUAAUGGAUGCGGUGGAUGAGUACAUUCCUGAUCCUGUGAGGGUGCUUGACAAGCAUUUCUUGAUGCCAAUAGAAGAUGUCUUCUCAAUCCAGGGCCGUGGUACUGUUGUGACUGGACGUGUUGAACAGGGGACAAUUAAAACCGGUGAGGAUGUUGAGAUCUUAGGUUUAUCGGAGACUGGUCCCUUGAAGACUACAGUUACUGGUGUUGAGAUGUUCAAAAAGAUAUUGAAUCAUGGAGAGGCUGGUGACAAUGUUGGUCUUCUUCUCCGUGGUCUUAAGCGUGGAGAUGUACAGCGUGGCCAGGUGGUUUGCAAACCUGGUAGUGUGAAGACAUACAAAAAGUUUGAGGCAGAAAUUUACGUCCUUACGAAAGACGAAGGUGGUCGCCACACUGCCUUCUUCUCAAAUUACAGACCACAGUUCUACUUCAGGACUGCUGAUAUCACUGGAAAAGUUGAAUUGCCUCAAAACGUGAAGAUGGUUAUGCCCGGUGACAACGUAACUGCGAUUUUUGAAUUGAUAUCACCUGUUCCACUCGAACCAGGGCAAAGAUUUGCACUGAGGGAAGGAGGGAGAACUGUUGGUGCUGGAGUCAUCGCUAAAGUUAUGAGCGAAUAAUCUGUUACGAACUUUUUUUUGGCCUAGCGAUUUUAGUAAACAAAUUAAUGUUGAUAUGAAAGAUUUGUCAGAUCGGAAACACGAGAUAAUGAGAGUCAAGAGCAAGGGGACCGAUAUGCAUUUGUCUGAAUGCGUUUGGCCAACUGCGGACAUGGCUUGUUACCAUUCCGGAGAAUUCUUUUCUUUCCUCUUGGGUAGUUUGCUGUAUAACACCGCAGCUUGUUACCUUGACAUGCUCCUCAGGCAUAUAUAGCUCGGUGACUCAAUAAGACUGUCUGGUUUCCUACGCACUUCUUUAUGUGUUUUUAGUCGAUUUCUACAUGGCUGAUC